AUGUUCACAAAAUCUCAAAGAGGUGUGAAUUGGAGGCUCGAAGAAGAUGAGGCAUUGUGCAAAGGGUGGGUUUUCGUCAGUGAAGAUGGGGCUAUUGGCACCAAUCAAGCAAAUGACACAUUUUGGAAGUGUGUAUAUCAAAAGUUUUCGGAAAAUGAUCCGGGCAUUAGUGGACCCGAGCAACAAACAUAUCAAACCAUUACUUUUCGGUUCAAGACUAUCAACCAACAGUAUUCUCUUUGGAAGGCAUGCUUGACUAAAGCCAAUAUGAACCCACAGUGGCUCAAAUCUACAUGA